UUGGUAGAAGGAGAAGAGGACGAAUAUAAACGGAUCUCUUGCUCUUCGCCGCCCUUAAUCUUUUCUCAACGAACUCAUGGAGGAAAGCAUCGCCCUAUCUUCCUUUGAUGAAAGUGAAACUAGCAGUGUCUUCGAUAAGUCGCUCGGCUCCGAACAAGGUACCGAACAGAACCAGGGCCGCAACUACAUCUUGUGGUGCCUUUUCUCAGCAGCGUGUGUUCUCUUCGUAGUCGCCCUUCUGGUCACGUUGCUCCUGGUUCUGGGCGUGGGUGGCGUCGGAGAAGUGGGCACCACAGCCGAUAACCAAGAUCAAGACGAUGUCGGUGGUCUUGGAAGUGAGGCCUCUACGGGAAUAACGAUUCCAAUAAGAGUCGCUGCAAAACCAAGCAUAACCACAACAGGUUCGACACAAAGUGUGACGACACUCAGAGUGACAACUCCUAGAAGAAGUCCUACAAGUCCACGUGCUACACGACCACGUUCUACAAGCCCAAGUCCUGCAAGCCCAAGCACAAAGAAAGCACAACGCAAACCUGGAUUGCUGGGCUCGUUGCUGUGCACUGUACGAGAGGGUUUCACCAAAAGCACGUUCCAGUUUCCGCCAGACGGGCUCUGCGGUAUCAUCACAUUCGACUCGCUGUUCACGGGGUCUGGAAACACGUUGGAGCCGCCGUAUAACCCCGACCUCCAGUAUUUCUUGGACACGGCGAGGCAACACCGCGUCACCGAGUAUGCGAUCGGACUCAAUUACAGCUUUUGCAGGAGUGAAGCCAGAAUGAAGGCACUUGCAGCUAAUGCCAACACCAAGCUACAUCUAAAUGCGCUGUGGGACCAGCGAGUCUACCACUACGGCCUAGUAAACACGCCAAUGAGACUCGGCAACAGCACUCCUGCUGCAGUCGUGAUGGAAUCAGCGAGAGGCCUAAAGUUAAUUUCAGAUUUGAUGAAGGACAGGAAAGAUCCCAUGUUGAGACCCAGUUACACGAUACUACAUUUCCCGCUGCACCCCGAGGUAAUCGCCCCCAACGUUUCUGAGGCACUGAGGAGUCAUCCGGUGGACGUGUUUGUCUUGAUAGCGUUCCACGUGGACGCAGACAUGAAAUACUUGAACUGCCGCAUGGUACCACCGACCAUACGCUCCACGCAGCUACUGCCUCUUCACCUCAAAUCUGAGUACCCUAUUCGCUUGGACAGGAUUAUCUCUGGCUUGGUUUCCAAGCAAGCUCAGUGGCCGGCCGCAGUUUCGUUCGCCUUGGCCUUGGGGAUGGGCGGCCGUUGGUACGUGCCAAAGAACCCGCCUGCAAACGUCUCGCUCGGUGACGAAUGCACUAACGACCGCUAUCCAGCUGGCGACCAGAUCGUCAGUAUUACAAAGGUCUGCUCGAACAGGGGAUUCAACGGCACGUUCUACAAAGACGGAACCUACGACGCCUCUGUCGCGUAUGACAGUCAGCAGAACUGGCUCUUUACAUACGAUAGCGCCCCUUCGCUUCGAUCUAAGGUAUGCAAGAGCAAGCGGAAUGCGGUGGAUGUCAACUACACCUUGGCUGCCGUCAACAUUCAGUUCGAAGACUACAUGAACAACUGCGGCUACGGACCUUACCACCGGCUCACCAUGUUGAAGGCCGUGGCCGGCUUUCUAACACGAAAUUACACGUCGGCCGCCGAAGAGGACGCGUGCAUGAAGGUUGGCUAGUAGGGGGCCUGUGCAUUACCUCGUUCAUUGUUCAUCUCCUUUCAUGACAUUUUACUUAUUCAAACAACAAUUACACGUCGGCAGCCCAAGAGGGCAAGUGCAUGGCGCUUGGCUAGUAGGAGGCCUGUGAGUUACCUCGUUCAUUGGUCAUCUCCUUUCAUGACAUUUUACUUAUUCAAAAAACAUGUCAAAAAAUAAAGCAUAUACAUUGUUUCAUAAGUUCA